AUGACGAGGGUUGCCUCGUCUGCUGUGUGGAUUCUAGUCCUACUACAAUACGUCAUGUGUCGCCCGGACAAGUCGCUAAGUCGCCAUGAUAUGGCCCUGGACGUAAACAAACUCGAGAGACUGGGCCGUGUAGAUACCUUAAUGAAAUCCCUCAAAGAUAUCGCCCAAAAAUCUCACAACUGUGGCCUAAAGGAAAUCCCUAGACUCCAGAGGCAUCAUCUCAAAAACGCCAGCAUCACGUGUAACGAUGGCAGUCGCGCAGGGUAUUACAUUCGUAAAUCUUACGGCAGCAAACGGUGGAUUGUAUUCCUAGAAGGAGGAUGGUACUGUUUUGACAGACCGAGUUGUCAGCUAAGAUGGGAAAGUAAGCAUAUGAGAUCACUGAUGAGUUCUGUGGACUGGCCAGAAAUCAGGGCAGGUACUGGCAUCCUUUCCUGGGACCCGAAAGAAAAUCCUUACUACUUUAACGCCAAUAUUGUUGUGGUUCCCUACUGCUCCAGUGAUUCAUGGACAGGCACUUCCAGGAGUUCGGAGGGCUACGCAUUUCUUGGGUCAUACAUCGUAGAAGCUGUGAUUCGGGAACUGAUUCCGAAGGGGCUUCAACGGGCCCGGAAGUUGAUGCUCGCGGGGAGCAGUGCUGGUGGAACUGGUGUUCUGACCAAUCUUGACCGAGUAGCUGACCUCAUGUCCAAGCUAGCCCCGACAGUGGAGGUACGGGGGAUUGCCGAUUCGGGAUGGUUUGUGGACACCCCGCAAUACCACGCAAGAGAGUGUACAGAACCGUUCUCGUGUGCUCCCGCCGACGGCGUCAAACGGGGUAUCAAUUUGUGGAAAGGUCAGGUUCCCGACGCCUGUAAAGCACAAUACCCGGAGUCAGAGCACUGGAAAUGUUACUUCGGCUAUAGGAUAUAUCCAACAUUGAAAACUCCGAUAUUCAUCGUUCAGUACUUGUUCGACGAGGCUCAGAUUACGGUCAAUAAUCUCAUUGACCAAUCACAGCUUGCCAUGAAUCGGGGCAACACGGUCUUCUCCAGGGGCCAAUGGGAGUACCUGCAUAAUCUCGGGGAACAUGUCAAAAGCACUCUACAAAAUGUCACGGCUGUAUUUGCACCAGCCUGUCUCUCUCACGAGUUACUACAAAAAAGUACCUGGCAGUCAGUAUCAGUAGAAGGAGUUAAUCUCGCCCAGUCCAUUUACUGCUGGGAGAACAGCUUCGACGGUGAGAAAUGUCUCUCCGCUACCAGAAACAACAGAAUACGCCAGCGUGCACUGACUGACCCGCUCCUUAAGGACGAACCAGCAGCCACAAACGUGUGACAAAAGAGGAAGCAACGACGACGUGAAAAGAAACGACGUAAUCGUAAAAGAAAGAACAUGUGUGUCAACUUACAGCUGUACAGUUGGCCACAU